AUGAUUAUUGAGCCUCGGGCGCCGGCUCCGAGUCUGAAGCGAUUGACCGCUGCGGAUUGGCAGUCAAAAAGACGUUCCCCCUUCCUCGGAACUGAAGCUGCAUCACGUGCUGGUUUACAAAGGGAGCCAAUCAUACCCGUCUACAAGAGACGAGCACAGGGCGGCAUCGCCCUCAUCCGAAACGAGCGUCCCACUGCAGUGAGUCGUGAUCUUGGCGUACGCCAAGCCCACACGCAAAAUCUCAGAGACCCGCCUGGGCGCAGGGAGAUACUACUGUUCGACGAAACGAACAACUCAACAUCACUGUCUUCCACCAAAAACCUCGCCAUCACAAGCGACAAGUUCGUCAAGAUGCCGAGCCACAAGUCGUUCCGCACGAAGCAGAAGCUCGCCAAGGCGCAGAAGCAGAACCGACCGAUCCCGCAAUGGAUUCGAUUGAGGACCGGCAACACCAUCAGGUUAGAAGAUAUUCCCGAUCCCGUUUCCCUCAUACACGAUUCCUCUUCCAAAGGACGCCAAACCCGCAGGUUUCCGCCAGUGUUCAUUUUGUUGGAUGGCCGACUUCGGAUUUUGGUCUGGGUUGAUUGA